GUUUCCGACAGGCGCUUGAAAGGAGGUGUCAUUUCCUUAAUUUACGUCGUACGUGUUUGGUGUUUGUUAUCGUGUGUAUUUAAUGUACAGUUUAGGUUUCAAUUCGUGAGAUGUUUUAAACAAUUGGCAUUUGUUGGCGAACAGGAUUGAACAACGUGAUCGAUGACGUAACUUACAUCGCACUGUCUUGUGCAGACGCCAUUUGACAAACUGAAAGUAGACUAAUAUUGGGAUAUUACGUCAAUGGUUUGGAUACUUAUUCAAGGCAUGGAUGCCAUUUAAGGUGUCAGUUGUUAUUUGGAAGACAUAAACUGAGAAUGAUGAGACGUGGAAAGCCAGUGGAUCAUGUCGAUAUUAAGGUUGUGUUGCUAGGUAAAGCUUUUGCCGGGAAGACCUGUCUGGUGCAGAGGUACAUCAACCAAACCUACAGUGAUACGGCAUAUUCUAACACCAUUGGUGCAGCCUUUGCAUCAAAGAAGCUGAAUAGCAAAGGAAGAAAUGUAGUGUUGAAUGUUUGGGACACCGCUGGCAGUGAGAGGUACCAGUCCAUGAGUAAGAUCUAUUAUAGAGGAGCUAGGGCGGCCAUAUUGUGUUACGACCUUACAGACAAGUCAAGCUUUGAGAAAGUUCGAUUCUGGGUCAGUGAGUUACAGACGAACGAGGAGCAUUGUCGGAUGUAUCUCUGCGGUACGAAGAAAGAUCUGUUAGAUGAGGAUGCGGAAUCUAGAGCGGUCAGUUUGAGUGUUGUGGAAUCAUUAGCACAAGAUCUACAGUCAGAUAUCUAUGAGACAUCCAGUGUGACGGGAGAAACUGUAGAUGAUAUGUUUAAUAAAAUUGCUGAAGAUUAUGUCAUCAAUAUGAAAAAUAAUCCUCCUAAGACAGAAAAUGGAUUUGACGAGUCUGUAAUACUGGAUGAGUACUCCCCACCUACACAGAGAUGGAAGUGUCCCCAAUGUUGAUUAACUCUUGCCAGAUUCCUUUUGAUAAAAGAUGUGUCACUAUCAUCUUAAGUGAUUGUGUAUGAUAUUGCUAGACUUUGAUGUUUCCAAUUUGUGUGAAAUGUGCAAAUUGUUUUCAUGGAUGAAGUUUAUUUUUAAAGUCACAUUUUUUAAUUGUAUUUUCCUGUUCUUGACUUUAUGAAGCCUUUAGUAAUUAAAAUGCUUUCUGGUUAUGUAUCAAUUUGUGAAUGGACAACCUAAUGAAUUUUAUAUUUGUCAAAUGGAGAUGGCCCUGACAUCAAAAGAAACUUGGUUAUAUUUUUCUUGUUAUGAUUGAUAAAAAGUUUUAUUUGUUUAAUUGAUUAUUUAUGAUUAAGGUUUCUCUUUGA